UGGUCCGGGCUGGGGCGCUGAGUUGUGGAGUUGGUGGAAAGUGACAAGUUGGGCGAGAAGAGAGAUCGCGGAGAGCUGGAGGAGCCGCGGCCGAGUGAGCCCAGAGACCUCCGCCCCAGGCACUGGGCACGCUCUUCUGGAGUCGGAGCCGGAGACACACAGUGUGCUGGAGCGACACGGAGAGCCUGGAACUGAACCGCUGGCGGAGGCACGGCUGCUACGGAGUACCGGGAGGAGCCGCGCUCCCAGGUCCGGGGCGGCCGAGCGGAGGCGAGGGAGCAGGUCAGAGGGACAAAGAGUUUUGCAAAGGCCCCCCGGUGUCCUGCGAGUGCCUGCGGCAGGACGAAGUGGCCGGGAGCACUGGGAGAACCCGUGGAUGUUCUGCGCGCCGCCAGGGAGCCGCCAGCACCGCCACGAGAGGAGGAAUGCACCGGCCGCGCCGCCGCGGGACGCGCCCGCCACCGCUGGCGCUGCUGGCCGCGCUGCUGCUGGCCGCACGCGGGGCUGCUGCCCAAGAAACAGAGUUGUCAGUCAGUGCUGAGCUGGUGCCUACCUCAUCCUGGAACACUUCAAGUGAAAUUGACAAAGAUUCUUACUUAACCCUUGAUGAACCUAUGAAUAACAUCACAACAUCCCUGGGCCAGACUGCAGAACUGCACUGCAAAGUGUCUGGGAAUCCACCUCCCAAUAUCCGCUGGUUCAAGAAUGACGCACCUGUGGUUCAAGAACCGCGUAGAAUCUCCUUCCGGGCCACCAACUAUGGCUCUCGGCUGCGGAUCAGAAACCUCGACACCACAGACACUGGUUACUUCCAGUGUGUGGCAACAAGUGGCAAGAAAGUGGUUUCUACCACUGGAGUCCUGUUUGUCAAGUUUGGACCUCCUCCAACUGCAAGCCCAGGAUCCUCAGACGAGUAUGAAGAAGAUGGAUUCUGUCAGCCAUACCGAGGCAUUGCAUGUGCACGAUUUAUUGGCAACCGCACUGUGUAUAUGGAGUCUUUGCAUAUGCAGGGGGAAAUAGAAAAUCAGAUCACAGCUGCCUUCACCAUGAUUGGCACCUCCAGCCAUUUAUCUGAUAAGUGCUCUCAGUUCGCCAUCCCUUCCCUGUGCCACUACGCCUUCCCAUACUGUGACGAAACCUCAUCUGUCCCAAAGCCCCGAGACCUGUGUCGGGAUGAAUGUGAAGUGCUAGAAAAUGUCCUGUGUCACACAGAGUACAUUUUUGCCAGAUCGAAUCCCAUGAUUCUGAUGAGGCUGAAGUUGCCAAACUGUGAGGAUCUCCCUCAGCCGGAGAGCCCAGAAGCUGCAAACUGCAUUCGGAUUGGCAUCCCCAUGGCGGAUCCUAUAAACAAAAAUCACAAAUGCUACAACAGCACAGGUGUAGACUACCGGGGAACUGUCAGUGUGACCAAGUCAGGACGCCAGUGCCAACCUUGGAAUUCUCAGUACCCACACACACACAGCUUCACUGCCCUGCGCUUUCCGGAGCUCAACGGAGGCCACUCCUACUGCCGCAACCCUGGCAACCAGAAGGAAGCUCCCUGGUGCUUUACCUUGGAUGAAAACUUUAAGUCUGACCUGUGCGACAUCCCGGCAUGUGAUUCCAAAGAUUCCAAAGAGAAGAAUAAAAUGGAAAUCCUGUAUAUUCUGGUGCCAAGUGUGGCCAUUCCCCUGGCUAUUGCCUUCCUCUUCUUCUUCAUCUGUGUGUGCCGAAAUAACCAGAAGUCCCCGUCACCACCCGUCCAGAGGCAGCCAAAACCUGUCAGAGGACAGAACGUAGAGAUGUCCAUGCUGAAUGCAUACAAGCCCAAGAGCAAAGCUAAGGAGCUGCCUCUUUCUGCUGUGCGUUUCAUGGAAGAAUUGGGUGAAUGUACCUUUGGAAAAAUCUAUAAGGGCCAUCUCUACCUCCCAGGCAUGGACCAUGCACAGCUGGUGGCUAUCAAAACCUUGAAAGACUAUAACAACCCCCAGCAGUGGACAGAAUUUCAACAGGAAGCCUCUCUCAUGGCCGAACUACACCACCCUAAUAUUGUAUGUCUCCUUGGUGCCGUCACCCAGGAACAACCUGUGUGUAUGCUCUUUGAGUAUAUGAACCAGGGAGAUCUCCAUGAGUUCCUCAUCAUGCGAUCCCCACAUUCCGAUGUUGGCUGCAGCAGUGAUGAGGACGGAACGGUCAAAUCCAGCCUGGACCACGGAGAUUUCUUACACAUCGCAAUUCAGAUCGCGGCUGGCAUGGAGUACCUCUCUAGUCACUUCUUCGUGCACAAGGACCUUGCAGCUCGCAACAUUUUAAUUGGAGAACAACUGCAUGUGAAGAUUUCAGACCUUGGGCUUUCCAGAGAAAUUUACUCUGCCGAUUACUAUAGGGUGCAGAGUAAGUCUUCACUGCCCAUCCGCUGGAUGCCCCCUGAGGCGAUCAUGUACGGCAAAUUCUCCUCAGAUUCUGAUAUCUGGUCUUUUGGGGUUGUGUUGUGGGAGAUUUUCAGCUUUGGACUCCAGCCAUAUUAUGGGUUUAGUAAUCAGGAAGUGAUUGAAAUGGUGCGGAAGCGACAGCUCUUACCGUGUUCUGAAGACUGCCCGCCGCGAAUGUACAGCCUCAUGACCGAGUGCUGGAAUGAGAUUCCUUCCAGGAGACCACGCUUUAAGGACAUCCACGUCCGGCUUCGAUCCUGGGAGGGCCUCUCAAGUCACACCAGCUCAACCACUCCCUCGGGUGGAAAUGCUACCACGCAGACCACCUCCCUCAGCGCCAGCCCUGUGAGUAACCUCAGCAACCCCCGAUUUCCCAAUUACAUGUUCCCGAGCCAGGGGAUCCCACCACAGGGUCAAAUCGCUGGUUUCAUUGGCCCAGCGAUACCGCAGAACCAGCGCUUCAUCCCCAUUAACGGAUAUCCAAUACCUCCCGGAUACGCAGCCUUUCCUGCUGCCCACUACCAGCCUGCGGGACCUCCCAGGGUGAUUCAGCACUGCCCGCCUCCAAAGAGCCGGUCCCCAAGCAGCGCCAGUGGAUCGACCAGCACUGGCCAUGUGGCCAGCUUGCCCUCAUCAGGAUCCAAUCAGGAAGCAAACGUUCCUUUGCUACCCCACAUGUCAAUCCCAAAUCACCCCGGUGGAAUGGGGAUCACUGUUUUCGGCAACAAAUCUCAAAAACCCUACAAAAUAGACUCAAAACAACCAUCUUUGCUUGGGGACUCCAAUAUCCAUGGGCACACCGAGUCUAUGAUUUCUGCGGAAGUGUAAAAUGUGGGACUUUUGUAAAUACGCUAUCCAGGAAAAACUAGAAGGUGGCAGAAAAGAUUUAUAUUCAAAUGUUUUUAUUGACGGUUCUCAUUUAGCAGACAUUGCAACCAGUAUCUUCUGUGAAGUUUAACUGUGUCUUACCGGAAAGACACCAACCAGGAAAAAUAAUGCAUUGUGGGAUUUACACUCCAUCAGGGUGUAUGAUAUGUUGUUGGGAACAGACCUUUUAUUUCAAGGACUGAAAACUGCAAAACCAAUGAAGAUGAACAGAACAUAGUAAUUAAAUAGCAAACC